UGUUCCAGCUCUAUAGUUCACAUGCAACUUACUGCUGAGCGCGUUUUUUUUUGUUGUAAAAAUCUAAAGUACAAGAAUUAGAUUUAGUUAACUCGCUCCUAGUGUUUAACCAAGUACACCUUUAGUUAGCUUUACGGUUACUUUCCCGUGGCGAAGGAAUAAUUGCAAAAUAAUUACCAUUAGCUCUCGGCAAAAGUUGAGCGAAGCAAAAAGAGAAGUUUGCAAGAAGAGGCGUGUGAGCGUGACGAAGAGAGCGAGAGAGCGCAGAAUAUCGAAUCGAACGGAACAGGGCGAGGAAAGGGAACGUGAACGAAACGGAUCGAAAAAAUCGAAGAGACUUGGACAACCGAAGAAAACCCCACAUCCAAACCCCACAAAAACCCGGUUGCCUGGGGAGCAAAUGUCAAAUUGCUGCGCAUAAAUACAUUAAUUUGAAGCUCCCCGCACAAGUGAGGCUCAUCCAAAAUUUCACACACAGGCAGCAGUUGUCGCAACAGGAAAAAAGGAUUCAGCACACGAUGUACGCCGGAGCAUAUGCACCCAACGCCGGCGGCGUUCAACAGCACACGGGCGGCGGUUACUAUGGCAAUGGUGCCGCUGCAGGCGGUGGCGGCAAUGGUGCCCCACGCCACGAGCGUCCCUACUAUCCGCGCAGCAAUUUCGCCGGCGCCGCCGGUGGAGCUGCCAUCAAUGGAGCAGCCACUGCCGCUGGUAGCAUGCACUUUGGCCAGCCUUAUGGCGUGAUGACCUAUGGCAUCCAGAAUGGUCUGGGAAUGGGAGCCGCCGGCUCUGGUGCCGGUAAUCCGUAUCGCCAGCAAAACGGUGUUGCCUUCGCCGGCAAUGGCCUUGGAGGAGGCGGUGGUGGCGGAGCCGGAUCCGGUGGAGCUGGCGGCUAUGGUGGACCGCGUGGCAAAAAUCCAAAUUACGCACAGCGCUAUCAGAAGCCGCACAACGGCGGCGGAGGUGGCGGUGGCUACCAAAGCAAUAACUACAAUGCUGCCGCCUUAGGCAUGCUUUCCAAAGAGGAGCGCGCCGAGAUCCAACGCGAAAAGGCCAAGAAUCCCGGCCGCAAUCUAGUGAAACCCAAGUGGGAGAAUCUCGAGCCCUUCCACAAGGAUUUCUACAGCAUUCAUCCCAAUACACUGGCCAAAUCAGAGCAGCAGGUGGCCGACAUACGCCGCGAACUGGAAAUCACAGUGUCUGGCAACGAACUACCGCACCCGGUGGUCAGUUUCGAGGAGAGCUCACUGCCCGCUCACGUCAUUGAAGAGAUGAAGCGCCAGGGAUUCACCAAGCCCACUGCUAUCCAGUCGCAGGGCUGGCCCAUUGCCUUAAGUGGCCGCGAUUUGGUUGGCAUUGCCCAGACCGGUUCCGGCAAGACGCUGGCAUACAUGCUGCCGGCCAUCGUGCACAUUGGUAAUCAGCCGCCCAUAUUACGAGGUGAAGGACCCAUUGCUCUGGUGCUGGCGCCCACCCGGGAGCUGGCCCAGCAGAUUCAGUCGGUCGUGCGAGACUAUGGACAUCUGUGCAAGCCCGAGAUCCGUCACACUUGCAUCUUUGGCGGCUCAUCGAAAGUGCCGCAGGCACGCGAUCUUGACCGCGGCGUCGAAGUAAUCAUCGCCACACCGGGACGACUGAUUGAUUUCCUUGAGAAUCGCAACACCAACUUGCAGAGAUGCACUUAUCUAGUGCUGGACGAAGCCGAUCGCAUGCUGGACAUGGGCUUCGAGCCGCAGAUCCGUAAGAUCAUUGAGCAGAUUCGUCCCGACCGCCAGGUCGUCAUGUGGUCCGCCACCUGGCCGAAGGAGGUGCAGGCGCUAGCCGGCGACUUUUUAAACGAUUAUAUCCAAAUUAACAUUGGCUCCAUGAACCUAUCGGCCAACCACAACAUCCGCCAGAUUGUCGAGAUCUGCACCGAAAUGGAGAAACCGCAGCGCUUGGUGCGCUUACUCAAUGAGAUCGCUCCCACCAAGAAUUCGGCCAACAAUGGCAACAAGAUCAUCAUCUUUGUGGAGACCAAGAUCAAGGUGGAGGACAUCUUGCAGAUCAUCCGUACCGAAGGUUACACCGCCACCUCGAUUCACGGCGACAAGACACAGAAUGAGCGUGAUUCAGUGCUAAAGGAUUUCCGCAAUGGCAAGUCCAACAUUCUGAUUGCCACCGAUGUGGCCUCGCGCGGUCUUGAUGUGGAGGAUCUGCAGUACGUAAUUAACUAUGAUUACCCCAACUCAUCGGAGAACUACGUGCACCGCAUCGGGCGCACUGGCCGAUGCCAGCAGCUGGGAACUGCCUACACCUUCUUCACGCCCGACAAUGCCAAGCAGGCGCGUGAACUGAUCUCUGUGCUUGAAGAGGCUGGCCAGACGCCGUCACAGGCGCUUUUGGACUUGGCUCGUUCGAUGCCAAGCUCGGGCGGCUAUCGCGGCAACAAGCGCUGGAACAACAACGGUGGCGGCGAUCGCAACACUGGCGGUCACAACGGCGUCUAUCAGCAGCGCAAUAGCAAUCCGCUGAAUUACCAGGCCGGUAACAACUAUAACAACAAUCGCAGCGGCCCUCUAACUGGCGGUAGCUACCAGCAGUAUGCCGCUGGCGGCAAUAGCUAUCAGCAGAAUGGUGGUGGUGGCGGCGGCGGCGGUAAUUGGAACCGCAUGAAUCAAAUGGGACAGGAUGGAGGAGCUGGACAGCAGCAGCGAAAUGGCAACACUUAUCGCCCGAGGGCUCCCUUCAACAAUGGCGGACCACGUGCCAUUAUGGGCCAUCAGGGUGGCGCCGGCGGAGCAGGCGGCGUGGGUGGAGCAGGCGGCGUAGGCGGUGGCCCACAGCCGCACAUGGCACCCCAGCAGGGCGGUCAGUAUAUGCCACAGGCGUAUCGCGGACGUGGCCAGUUUGUGCCGCAGGGAGCUGGUGCCGGUGGCAUGCCGCCACGAUUCCAGCAGUAUCCCAAGCGGGAGUAUCAGCAACAAGGAGUGGCCCACUACGGCCAGCAGGCCGUUCAGCAUCAGCAGCAACAACAGCAGCAGGUGCAGCAGGCAGGCCAGCAGACCAAGCCGCCCAAGGAUGAUGGCAACAAGUAUGCACCACCGCCUCCGGCUGCGGUGACCACCUCGCUGGUCCAUUACACGCCAGCCAAUUCGCCACCGAUUGCGGCCGUAGCUGCUGCCGCUGCAGCAGCCGCCGGACGAGCAGCAGCUGUGGCUCCGGCUCCCGGUGCCGCCUACAUGUACGAUGCGGCCGGCGUUCUGACCACCGCCGCUGCGCCGGGCACCAAUCCAUAUGCCAACCAGUUCAGCAUGCCGGCCACCUACUAUGCCGCCCAGCAUCACCAGUUCGCCCCAGCCGUGGCAGGACCCGGACCAGGACCCGGCCAGGCCAUCGAGCAGGCGGGACACCAAUAGGUUAUUGCGCUCAUGGGAGGAAAUGGUAUGGAAAUGGACGUAGAAGUGGAAGUGGAAGUGAAUCGUGGAGAGCUACAACAACAACAGCUUUAGUAACAUCAACAACAAUGCUAGCAACAACAACUUUAACAACUAUACCAACACCGACGACAUGGACAAAGAAAUCAACAAUUAAUCAAUCACACUCAUGAAAUCCAAAUGCAUAUGAUGAUAAAUGAAAGAAGGGAUAUAAUUUUGCCAAACAUACAAGAGCAUAUAACAGCUGCUCUUUAAAUUCUGAGCGAAAA